CUGAAAAGAACUCUAAAGAAAUCACGAGUGAUCUCAAAAUGGAGAUGGAGGCCGGCAGUUGAUACGAGGAGUAACGAAGAGUGGAAGCUGAGAAGGACCCCACCGGGCCUCAGGCCUCAGGAAUCCUCAGGCACAUGGCCGGGCCGCCCCCGCAGUAGACAUGCGGGGGCGGGUAUCAAAAUCUCGGGCCUAAAACAGUCCACAUUUGGAUCAACAGGCCACUGGGAAUGGGAGAGGUUUCUCACCAAAGGCCUCUGCUACGGUUGCGGAGGUGAUUGGGACUUUAAAGGUGCUUUGAAAGUUAACAUAGACAAUUCGGAAUAUACGGGUUAUAGGUAUUAUUAUAAAAAGCCAGGCUUUAGAAUAAAAUCGAGGUCCUGCGAAGAUGCGAGGUUCAUUCAUAUCAACUUCGUGUUGUUGGCUGAAGUCAAGCAUUUCGAGAAGGACCUACAGUCGGAGAUCGAGACCCACCGCGAUGUGUACGCGUCGCUCACGGGCACGGGCCGGCGGCUGCUCGGCUCGCUGUCGUCGCAAGAGGACGCUGUCAUGCUGCAGAGGCGGCUCGACGAGAUGAACCAGCGGUGGCACCACUUGAAGGCCAAGAGUAUGGCUAUAAGAAAUCGUCUGGAGAGCAACGCGGAACACUGGUCGGCACUGCUUCUGUCACUCCGCGAGCUCACCGAGUGGGUGAUCAGAAAGGAGACUGAACUGAACGCGCUGGCGCCACCUCGCGGCGAUUUGCAGGCGUUGCUCAAACAACAGGAUGAUCACCGGGCCUUCAGAAGACAGUUGGAGGACAAACGGCCGGUGGUGGAAAGCAACCUGCUCAGUGGUAGACAGUAUAUAGCCAACGAACCACCGCUGUCCGAUACCAGUGAUACUGAACCGAGCCGUGAAAGCGAAGGUGACUCGCGUGGCUACCGCUCUGCAGAGGAACAAGCUCGCGAACUUGCUCGUUCGAUCCGCCGCGAAGUGGCCAAGUUGGCGGACAAGUGGAACUCCCUGGUGGACAGAAGUGACGCGUGGGGGAGGUGUCUGGAUGACGCCGUUCAGCGCGUGCGCUCGUUCACGUCGUCCCUGGACGAGCUCGCGGGCCGCGUGCAGGCGGCCGAGGCGGCGCGGUCGUCGUGGCGCGGGCCGGGCGACGCGAGGGAUGCGCGCGCGCAGCUCGACGCCGUGUCCCGCGCGCGCGCCCAGCUGCCGCCCCUCCGGCGGCUGGCGGACGAACUGCACCAACAAGCUCAAACACUUACUAGGGAUAAGAUACAAUUACCAGAACAUUUGUUGGCGAGACUGGAUGAUUUGAAUACAAGAGUGGGAGCCCUCUGCGCAGGCGGCGAGGAGCGCGCGCGACAACUGGCCGGAGUCGCUCGGGACGGCGGCGCGGGCGCAGCGCAAGGCUUCUUAGCUGGAUCAGUUGAUGCCCCUUGGGAACGAGCCGUAACGCCUGCUAAUGUACCGUACUAUAUCAACCAUGAAUCUGAGACUACACACUGGGACCACCCAAAGAUGAUCGACCUGAUGAACUCCCUCGCAGACCUGAACGAGGUCCGUUUCUCAGCCUACAGGACUGCGCUCAAGUUAAGAACCGUACAGAAGGCAUUGUGCAUGCACAUGCUGCAGCUCCCGGCCGCGCUAGAAGCAUUCGACUCGCACGGUCUGCGCGCGCAGAACGACCGGCUCAUCGACAUACCGGACAUGAUUACUGUCCUCACAUCGCUGUAUGAGGUGAUAGCAGCGGAGAACCCCAGCCUGGUGAAUGUACCACUGUGCCUGGAUCUCUCCAUCAACUGGUUGCUGAACGUGUACGACAGCCAGCGGACCGGACAGAUCCGGGUGCUGAGCUUCAAGGUCGGCCUGGUCUUACUGUGCAAGGGGCAUCUGGAAGAGAAAUACAGAUAUUUAUUCCGGCUAAUAGCUGACCCAUCGUGCCGAGCUGAUCAAAGGAAACUUGGUCUUCUUCUUCACGACUGUAUACAGGUUCCCCGUCAACUAGGAGAAGUUGCAGCGUUCGGUGGAUCUAACAUCGAGCCAUCGGUGAGGAGCUGCUUCGAGCAAGCCUCCGCCGCCACUAAGGAAGGCAAUAAAGGCGGCACUCUCGACAGAAAAUCUGUGGACAAAGAGAAAGAAAAAGAAGAUACAAAGGAGAAGACUCUGGAGCGCGACGCGGAUGGCCAGCUGCAGUAUAUAGAAGCAUUCCAUUUCCUACAAUGGCUGCAGAAGGAGCCCCAGUCGAUGGUGUGGUUGCCGGUGUUGCAUCGGUUGGCGGCGGCCGAGUCUGCCAAGCACCAGGCUAAAUGCAAUAUAUGUAAAGAAUACCCCAUUAUUGGAUUCAGAUAUCGCUGCUUGAAAUGCUUCAACUUCGACAUGUGCCAGAAGUGCUUCUUCAGCGGACGGAAAGCGAAGAACCACAAGUUGACACAUCCCAUGCAGGAGUACUGCACUACUACAACAUCGGGAGAGGACGUGCGUGAUUUCACACGAGCACUUCGCAACAAAUUCAAGUCGGCGAGAUACUUCAAGAAGCAUCCCAGAGUCGGCUACUUACCCGUCCAGACUGUUCUUGAAGGCGAUGCACUAGAGUCGCCGGCACCGUCCCCGCAGCACGGCGGCGGCGGCGGCGGCGGCGGCGCGGGCGGCGACGACAUGCACUCGCGCCUCGAGCUGUACGCCACGCGCCUCGCGCAGGUCGAGCGCGGCGCGCGCCCGCCGGACACGCCCGACAGUGACGAAGAACACCAGCUGAUAGCCCAAUACUGCCUGUCGUUGAACGGCAGUGGCGGAGGCGGCGAGGGCGAGGAAGCACCUCGUUCACCCGUGCAGGUCGUCUCCAUCAUACAUCGAGAGCAGAGACACGAACUCGAAGCUAUGAUUAGAGAACUGGAAGAAGAGAACGCCAGUCUUCAAGCAGAAUAUGAGCGGUUGAAAGCAAAGCAAACACCCGGCUCUACACCCGAAGAACAACUGAAUAUCAGCGAAAACCGAAAUGCUCCAGUUGACCAAGACAUGAUGGCGGAGGCUCGCUUGUUGAGGCAGCAUAAAGGUCGUUUAGAAGCUCGGAUGCAAAUUCUCGAAGAACAUAAUAGACAACUAGAAGCUCAGCUGCAAAGACUUAGGAGAUUGCUUGAUGAGCCCGCUCAAGGGUCUCCCCCAGCUCGCACUGGCACUCUGCAAACUCGCUCCGUGACUGCUUCCCAGCUCGCUACCGACUCACCCGCCAAAAUGCACAAUGGACUCUACCACGAGUCUCAAACCAAUGGCGGCGGAAGAUGGGGCGGCGCGGGGGCGGAGCGCGAGCCGCUGGAGCGGCCCCCGCCGCCGCCGCACUCCGUGCACUCGCUCAUGCACUGCGCAGAUGACUUGGGACGCGCUGUCGAAGAACUAGUGUCAGUUAUGACGGAGGAUCAACAAAAUCAAACGGCGAACGCGCCUCCACAGUAUACCAACGGCAAACCAGGCAACAAGAAUAACGAAACGCCGUAAUACAAAAUAAACAACGCGCGUACGGUGGUGCUUUUGGCGGGGAAAACUGCAUUGCCAUAUAUAAAAAUGGCGAAGUAGUCCGCUUUCAUAUAAAUGAUUUUCGCUCUAGCAACACUGUCGAGACCAAAGAAUAUAACAACACUGCUUAUAAUAAACCUAUUAUAGCGUUGUAAAUGUAUUUUGAAAAACGCUUUAAGACAUCAUAUGUUUCUAUACUAAUUUUCGACUCAUCACUAACAUAUCUGCACGCUGUACUUUCUACCUUAUUAUACAAAAGCUCUAACAUUUCAUUUAUCAUUUUCUAAUCAUUAUGAGGCUUCUCUAAACUGGUUCGGGCAUGGGGAUAUACUCUUACAUAAUUGGAAGCCUGAAAAGGACCAGCUAAAUAGAACUACCCAUGUACAUCUCGGUUUAGUUCAUGCUAGCUGUCGGUAAAAGACGAUUAUCGUAUGCAACGCUUAUUGUAUAAAUAAGGGGGUGCCAAUGUUGCAGUACGUAUCGUGAUUGAGUCAUUCUAUUUUUCUACUAUAUUUUUAUUGGGCAACAUCACUUUUUCUUCUAAUUAUUUUCCGGUCUCAGGCAGUGUUGCCAGGACGACACUAUCCAACGAAAAAGACAACUAACGAGCAUUUAUAUUUAUAAAUUGUACCAAAUACGUCGUUAAACGUGUUAAAUACCUUACAUUUAUUAACCAUUUAAGUACAUAUCUUAUUAGUACAAUCUCCAUUAUCUAUCAUAUCACUUCUUGUAAAUUUUCAUAUCAUUUUACGCUGUGUGUAAAAAUACUGGCACGUGUAUAAAAUAAUCACGAAAAAACGCAACGUCGACAAAUUGUUUCAGUUGAAACAAACAGUUGGAGACGACCAAAAUUGUAAGACAGCUUAAACGAACAAGGAGCAGAAAGCUUUAAUAGUAUCACAAUUAGCUUUAAAAACCAUGUUUUGAGACAUUUUUGCAACUGGUAAUGCAGCCUUGGAUAUUUGCUACGAAACAAACGGUGGGAGCCUACGUUCUAGUGGAAAAUUUACUGUUAUAUUAGUGAUCUACAAUCUUCAAUACGAUAUAUGCCAUCUUCACGUAUGGCCGUAGAUAAAGGAUGCGUUAACCGUUUCGCGAGUAGUGUAGAUGUAGCCAAAUCAAUAUCAAGCAUGUUUAUCACGUGCAUGUUCGUGUAUGUUACAUAUUAUCGAGUUAUCAAAAUAUGUAUUGUUAGAAUCUAUAUUACUAAUUGAGCUGCUUCUACGCAAGUUAGUGACCGUUUCAUUUCCCUCUGUCUCCGUGUUUCGGACUGUCAGAAAUCGGGGUUGCCAGAUUGUUUUAGUAGAAAUGGUAGAUAUUGAGGACCAUUAAAACAAUUUUUGACUUUUUUAUUAACAAACGGAUUACAGUGACAGAGCAAAUAUUUUAUUUUUAUUAUUAGUGAAUUAUCCAGAUAGUUCUGGAGAUCUGGCAACACUGAAUUAGUAGGAACUCUUCUUAGACUAAAAACAUGUAUCCACAACUUUUUCACUAUUACAACGGCAUGAGGACACAUUUUUACUUAGGAUAAUGUUGGAUGCGUCAAUUUUUAUGUCGCAUUCUGAUAUUUCGACAUUUUGUAACGUGUGUCUAGUAAGAUGCUGCCUACCUUUUAGAUAAGAAUAUAUUGGAGAGAUGACUUUUAUACGAAUGUUAAGUAAUCUGUUGAAGCUAACUUUACGAUAAGGACUUCCGAUUUAACCAUAUCAUGGUUUUUUAUAUUUUUUAGUCGUUGAUUCGUAUUGGAAUUUUGACUGUGUUGUAACAAAACAGAACUUUUUUACUGGCAACACCUUUUGAAAUUUCGCGGGAAUCGCGACUUUAUACUUAAUAUUUUAUUAUUAAUUUGGCUAAUAUAGAAUAUAAGGAAAAAAAAGCACAAUUAUAUUAUUUUAACGAAAGAAUAAUUAAAUUUACACUAAUAUAUUGUUAAUAAUUUUAUUGUAUUUGUUUAUUGACUAGUAUGGGUAGUUUCGUUUAAAAAUCAUUUAUUAUUUUCUUUAUUGGCAACUAUGAAAUAUACUACUACAGCAUUUAUUUGUAUAUUUUACUGUGUUUAUAAUGUUUUAGAAGUUAAUAAAAUCCAAAUAAACAUUCAACAUAGUA